UGGCCGGACUCCUCCAUCUGACCAAGCAGUGCAGCAUCCACCUACCUGCCCACUUGGGACGCGCGAAAUGCUACACCUUCGCUAAAAGAACGGGAACCCACGUGCAGGCAAGAGUGCAAGCUUAGAGAUAGACCAAAACAGCGCACACACAGACUAGGAUCGGGAAUAAUGGGUCGCACCCAGCGACGCCGGCUCCAGAGGGCCAAGCAAUCUGGAGGGGGUUCUAAUUCCCUGCAGGAACUCUACGUUCACUUGCACUCACUCGGCUGGCAGAACCACACUCAUCUAUCAGCCCAAAACUAUGACCAGACUGGACGAGGAUUGUGCUCUAAACAGGACAGCUUCUCCCCGGAGGACGAGCUCAUUCGGCUGCCCAUUGGCUGCCUCAUCAGCAUAGCCACGCUGGAAUCGGAUGAGGCAUUCAAGAGCCUAUUCAACAAAGAGCUCUUCGACAAGGACUCCAGGAUUUCCUUUCAGGCUCUGGUAGCCUGUUAUCUUCUGUACAGCAAACACCUUUUAGAGUGUUCUCUGGAGACGCUCCACACUUUCUACGCCUCCUAUUUGGACACCAUACCCACUAGCUACUCCACUCCAUAUUUCUGCUCCAUACCCGAGCUGCAGUGCCUGCCGGAAUCUCUGCUAGAGCGAACUGUGGCCCAGAAUCGCCAGAUAAGGGGUUACUUUGAGAUAAUCAAGAGCCUGGUUCUCAACUGCGAUUGCUGUGGAAAGAGCUACGGCCAAGAGAUUUGGACACUCGCACAAUUUAAAUGGGCCUACUUCACCGUGAAUACUAGAAGCGUCUACCUCAGCUCCCGCUUUCUCAAAAAGCAGAGCAGUCACUUCCAGGCCCUCAUCAGUGGCGACACCAACCUGGCAAUGGCUCCCUUCUUGGACCUCUUCAACCACUCCGAUAGUGUGCAAACCACGGCGGAGAUUGAGGGCCAGGAUUACGUCCUCACAUUAAAAUCUCUUCCGGUCCCCAAGACCAAACCCUAUGACCAAUUGUUUAUCAGCUACGGUGCUCUGUCCAACUUUAAGCUGCUAACAGAGUACGGCUUUUGGCUAAAAGGAAAUAAGCACGACUACUUUGAGUUUUCCCUGCUAGACAUUGAGCACAUGGUUAAGCGGAACAAGGAGCUAUCCACGCAGACCUACCACCGGAACAUCUUCAAGUUCAUCAGGGAGCACAAUCUGAACGACCAGAUGUUCGUCCACAUCGACGACGGUUGCUCUCACAAUUUAAAGGUUGUGCUGCACCUAAUCUUCAAGCAGCAGUCCUACUUUCCCAACAUCCUCAACCAGAUUGCCUUCGGUGACGCCGAGCAGUUCGAGGAUGUGCAGCCAGAACUGUCCUAUCUGGUGUCCUAUAAAAUAGAGGAGUACGAGAUCUUCGGGGGAGAGCUGGAUAAACUUCCAAAGCUGACGGAGAGCGGUGCGGUGGCAAGAUCCUACCUGCAGGAGUGCGUCCGUUACUUGAGCGACUAUCAUGCAGCGCAUCCUGCAGAAUAGAAGUAAUCCAUAUUAAGCAUAGAUUUCAAAUCAGUACAAAGCAUUUUGUUGUUCAGGGAUUGUAAAAGUAGAGAGCUUUCUUAUCUUGAAUACCAAUUUACCUCGAAGAAUUCGAACUAAAGCCCAAUUAACAUUUAUACUUUUGUAAUAAAUCCCAUAAAACUUUA